GUCCAGUAUUGACUUGAGUCUAAUCAAUACACAUAUACGUAUACAUGUGUGUGUCUCAAAUAUAUCUGAUUAAACUUAGUAAGCCACAGAACUGUAAUAUAUAUGAUAUAAUCAAUGUGUUAUACAUUAUAUUACAAUAAUUAUACACAAAAUAAUACAUUAUUCUGUAUGUUAAGGGGGAGAGGACAACAGCAAAGAAGGGGGUGCGAGAGGUUCAAGACAGAAGUGCUACAACGUCCAGGCUGUAAGAGUCAUUUUAUUCUGGAGGAAAUGCAACACCAAAAGUUGUAACAGUCUUUCAAUAAAGUAAAACAGAAUAAUCGAAAGGGCUCCUGGGACAAUCGAGGCUAGAAUGAUCUUGGUCAGUCAGUCCUGUGGACUUGAGAGCAAUCUUCCCUCUCACUACCGGCUGGGGAGCCCCGAUGUCGCCUCUCGCAGAGCGCCACUUGGCCUGGCCUGCGUUUCACCUUCAUUUCCGCCGGCGGAAUCCUCUAGGAUCUUCCCGCCAAGGCUGGGGUUUCCGCUCCGCGGCGUCCGAGCGCAAUCGGACUGCGCAUGUGCAGGACCCAGCGGGUCUAGAGCUUUUCUGUGUCUAUCCGGACUUCGAGCCAUGGCGGUGACGGAAGUGAGCCUGUUGCGCCAGUGCCCGCUGCUUCUGCCCCAGAACCGGUCGAAAACCGUGUAUGAGGGAUUUAUCUCGGCUCAGGGAAGAGACUUCCACCUUAGAAUAGUGUUGCCUGAAGAUUUACAACUGAAGAAUGCAAGAUUAUUAUGUAGUUGGCAGCUGAGAACAAUACUUAGUGGAUACCAUCAAAUAGUACAACAGAGAAUGCAGCACUCUCCUGAUCUAAUGAGCUUUAUGAUGGAGUUGAAGAUGCUUUUGGAAGUUGCCUUAAAGAAUAGACAAGAGCUAUAUGCACUACCUCCUCCUCCCCAGUUCUACUCAAGCCUUAUUGAAGAGAUAGGAACUCUUGGCUGGGAUAAACUUGUAUAUGCGGAUACCUGCUUCAGUACCAUCAAGUUAAAAGCAGAAGAUGCUUCUGGUAGAGAGCAUUUAAUCACUCUCAAGUUGAAGGCAAAGUAUCCUGCAGAAUCACCAGAUUAUUUUGUGGAUUUUCCUGUUCCAUUUUGUGCUUCCUGGACACCUCAGAGCUCCUUAAUAAGCAUUUAUAGUCAGUUUUUGGCAGCAGUAGAAUCACUAAAGGCAUUCUGGGAUGUUAUGGAUGAAAUCGAUGAGAAGACCUGGGUACUUGAGCCAGAAAAACCUCCACGGAGUGCAACAGCACGCAGAAUUGCAUUAGGGAAUAAUGUUUCCAUAAAUAUAGAGGUAGACCCCAGGCAUCCUACUAUGCUUCCUGAGUGCUUCUUUCUUGGAGCUGACCAUGUGGUAAAACCCCUGGGAAUUAAGCUGAGCAGGAACAUACAUUUGUGGGAUCCAGAAAACAGUGUGUUACAAAAUUUGAAAGAUGUUUUAGAAAUUGAUUUUCCAGCUCGUGCUAUCCUGGAAAAAUCUGAUUUUACUAUGGAUUGUGGAAUUUGUUACGCUUAUCAACUUGAUGGUACCACUCCUGAUCAAGUGUGUGAUAAUUCCCAGUGUGGACAACCUUUCCAUCAAAUAUGCUUAUAUGAGUGGCUGAGAGGACUACAAACUAGUAGACAGAGUUUUAACAUCAUAUUUGGUGAAUGUCCAUAUUGUAGUAAGGUAAGCAAAUUGUUAAUCACAUCUCAUAAAAUGUGCCUAGCUUUCAGUAAUAUGUUCUAGAAGAUAGAUCUAUAUAGUAUAUCAGCUUAUCUAAAACUUUUGAAACUCAUUCUCUGUAUUUUUAUUUUUCAAAUUCUCUGAUCAAAAACAUUAAACUCCUUUUCUAGAUUUCCUAGGUGAUCUGAAACUUCAGAAGUGUUUUCCAAACUGUACUAUGACACUAUUUCUAGUACAAAGCAAUUUUAUUUUUUAGAGUGUCCACAAACUUUGUUAAAAUAUGUUCUCUUUUUAAAGCCAAUUACCUUAAAAAUGUCUGGAAGGAAACACUGAAAUAAGAAUAUAACAUUUCGGUGAAGAGCUGGAAACUUACUUAAAAAAUUAUCAAAAGGAAUUUUGAUAUCUUCAGAGAAAAUAUAAAGCAAGACAUACUAACAGCAAAAGGACAGGUAUGAUGAUGCGAUAAUAAUAAACAUCUGCCUUUGUCUCUUCACUAAGAGUAAACUGGGAAAUUGUAGGCCAAAGUCCAGUUGAACUUUCUAAGUCUGUGAUCCCCGUGCUGACUGUGGAAGUGUAUUUAUACCAAGGUGGAGAUCUUGACUUCUUGAAUAUAUCUGGACUGGUAAAAUCUUGAUGAGGUUCAUAAAAUGAGUUUGGGAGUUGUCUAUAGCUGAUUUUUUGUGGGAAAUUGUUUACUUCAUUCAAAAGUUCUUGAGACUCUUGAUAUUUCUGUCUUCUCCUAGUGCUUUCCUAUGGAAAAAAUACAUAUAUAGUUUGUUAGAUGUGAGUUAUCCAAGUAUUUAUUUUGUGUAAUGUAUAAGAAUGCUAAAUAAAAUGUUACACAAAUCAA